CUUAUAUAGUCUCGUGGCAAACGGUAUCCAAAUAAAGUUCCCGGAUGUUCCCGCCAUGUGCCGAAUUUCAAAAUGGCGGAUACAGUAGUGAAAUUCGUGUCACAGAAAGUCAGCAAAAUUAGGUGGCGACCAGUAUCUCACCAAGGAUUACAAUCGUCUGACGUGUUUGUUGCCGGUAGCUGGGAUGACGAGCAAAACAAGAUAUCAAUGUGGAAAUGUCCAGAUAUAAAAAGCCAUAGCAAUGAAGAGAACUUGUCAGCUGAACAGUUUGAACCGCAAUUACUCUGCGAAACGCUACAUUUAGGGGAUGUCACUGAUUUAAAGUAUAUUGACAGUGAACGCCUAAUAGCAUCAUCUUCAACGGGAACAGUAACAGUUUAUAGAUACCAUGAAAGUGCAAAGACACUAUCAGUACAUCAUAAUUGGGAAGCCGUGCAUCGUCAUCCGAGUAGAAAAACGUGCGCAUGUACAUGUAUGACGUUGAAUACGCCCGAUAUAGUCACAGUAGGUGAAGACGGCAGAAUACAAGUACUUAGAAUAGAACAAAGAUAUCCAAUUAGAACAAUAAGUGAGUAUGACUACCUUAUCAAUGUUUUGUCGUACAAUCGUAUGCACUAGACACCAAAACAUUACAUUGAAGUGCUUCAUCAAUAAAGGGUGUUAAAAUGAAAAAUCUAUAGGAAUACU